AUGGAGUACCUCAACGGCUCAGAGAAGAACAGCGUCGUCACACAGUAUCUGGACAUGUGUGUCAAUACCAAACACAACGACUCACACAAGGAACAAAACAGCGACCAGGAAACAGCAGACGCCGGCAAACUGUCCCACAUUGAGAAGGCCUACACAACAGUUCUGAGUGAGCUCGGCGAGGACGUCAACAGGGAGGGACUGCUACGGACGCCGCUGCGUGCUGCCAAAGCCAUGCAGUUCCUCACCAAAGGCUACAAGGAGACCACCCAAGACAUCCUAAAUGAUGCCAUCUUUGAUGAAAACCACGAGGAGAUGGUGAUAGUCAAGGACAUUGAGCUGUUCUCUCUUUGUGAGCAUCACCUGGUGCCCUUCUUUGGCAAGGCUCAUAUAGCUUACCUCCCGAACAAAAAGGUUGUUGGGCUCAGCAAGCUUGCGAGAAUUGUCGAAAUCUACAGCAGACGACUUCAAGUUCAGGAACGUCUGACCAAACAAAUCGCUCAUGACUCUGGCAUUGAGGAAAUGAGCUUUUAA